AUGGAUCACGUCGAGCAACACAUGGCUCAACAAGCCAGCCAAGAAAACGCUUCCCUCUUCACACCCCUCAACCUCAUCCUCCUCAGCGCCGUCCUAUACACAACCUACUCCAUGCUCCGCUCCUCGCCGCCCCCAUCUCUCCCCCGCGACACGCCCUCAACAGUCUUCAAGACAUACACCCCUCACACUCUUCUCCCCUUCAACGGCGAGGAGGAUCGACCUGUCUUUCUCGCUGUGCGCGGCCGCGUUUUCGACGUUUCGCCUGGCCGUAACUUCUACGGCCCUGGUGGUCCUUAUAGCAACUUUGCCGGUCGGGACGCAAGUCGCGGUCUUGCGUGUGGAAGCUUUGAUGAGGACAUGUUGACUAAGGACCUGGAUGGUCCGCUUGAUAAGCUGGAGGGACUCGAUGCUGAGCAGAUGGACGCGCUCCAGGGCUGGGAGGAGAGGUUCUUGGAGAAGUACAACGUUGUUGGAAAGCUGGUUUCCGUGCAGGACUACGAGUCCCAGAAGGCUUAA